AAUCUCGUAUCUUAGCGAUUAACACAAAAAGAAACAUGUCUGCAAUCAAGUCGCUAAAUCCGAAAGCUGAAGUUGCAAGAGCUGCACAAGCCUUAGCUGUAAACAUAAGUGCAGCGAAAGGUCUUCAAGAUGUUCUUAAAUCUAAUCUUGGUCCAAAGGGCACACUGAAGAUGUUGGUGUCUGGUUCUGGAGAUAUUAAACUGACCAAGGAUGGAAACGUACUACUACAUGAAAUGCAAAUCCAGCAUCCAACAGCUUCACUAAUUGCCAGAGUAGCCACUGCCCAGGAUGAUAUCACAGGAGAUGGUACAACAUCAAACGUUCUUAUCAUUGGAGAACUCCUCAAACAGGCUGAUCUUUACAUCUCAGAAGGUCUACAUCCAAGGUUAAUCACAGAAGGAUUUGAGCUGGCAAGAAACAAGGCCCUGGAGGUGUUGGAAGCAGUGAAAAUAUCCAAGGAAAUAGACCGUGACACACUGAUUCAGGUGGCCAAGACUUCUCUCAAGACUAAAGUGCACUCUGAACUGGCAGAUCUUCUGACAGAGGCAGUAGUCGAUGCAGUAUUAUCUGUAAAGAAGGGAAAUGAACCAAUAGACUUACAUAUGGUAGAAAUCAUGGAGAUGCAGCAUAAGACCGACAUGGACACUGUACUUGUAAAAGGUUUAGUAUUAGAUCAUGGAGCACGUCAUCCACAAAUGCCUAAACGUGUUGAAGAUGCCUACAUCCUAACUUGUAAUGUUUCAUUGGAGUAUGAAAAAACUGAGGUGAAUUCAGGAAUUUUCUACAAGACUGCUGAAGAGCGAGAGAAGUUUGUUCAGGCUGAGAGGAAGUUUAUUGAUGAUAGAGUAGAGAAAAUCAUUGCUCUGAAGAAAAAAGUCUGUGAUGGCAACAAGAAAAGCUUUGUUGUUAUAAACCAAAAGGGAAUUGACCCAUUGUCUUUAGACUUGUUGGCAAAGGAAGGAAUCAUUGGAUUGAGAAGAGCAAAAAGGAGAAAUAUGGAAAGGUUGUCGCUAGCUGUUGGAGGAAUGGCCAUGAACUCUGUUGAUGACCUAACACCAGAUUGUCUGGGAUUUGCUGGUCUAGUAUAUGAGCAAGUUUUGGGAGAAAGCAAGUAUACAUUUAUAGAAGAAUGUAAACAUCCUCAGUCUGUGAGUCUGCUGAUCAAAGGUCCAAACAAACAUACUCUUACUCAGAUCAAAGAUGCUAUCAGGGAUGGACUCAGAGCUGUCAAAAAUGGUAUUGAAGAUGCCUGUGUUCUACCUGGAGCUGGAGCAUUUGAGAUAGCUGCAUACCAAGAACUGAUGCAGUACAAAAAUGAGGUCAAAGGUCGUGCAAGACUUGGAGUACAAGCAUUUGCUGAUGCCCUACUUAUCAUCAUCAAGGUUCUAGCCCAGAACUCUGGUUUAGACCCUCAGGAAUCUAUAGUUAAAUUACAGGAGGAAUAUACAGGUCCUCAACAGGCUGUAGGACUAGAUAUAAAAACAGGUGAAGCCCUUAUACCAUCAGAUGCUGGAAUACUAGACAAUUAUAGAGUGAAGAGACAAUUACUGCAUUCAUGUACUGUGAUAGCCACCAACCUGUUACUAGUGGAUGAAAUAAUGAGAGCUGGAAUGACUUCAUUGAAAGGAUAGCACUGAUGAUGGACAACAAAUCUCAUAUUUAACUUAUACAUGUUUUCAAAUGCUUUUGUACUAAUAAAAUCUGCAGUCAUUA